UCCGUGAUAAGAACACAUUUCCAUAGUGUCGGUUAGCAAAAAUAUUCAAGUACAUUAAUUUGCCUUUACACAAAGUCUGAAAGUAGUUAAUUAACAAAAAUAAAAAGUCUCUUAAUCUUAUAGUCAAAUGAUCUCCACAGAACCAGUGAAUCCCCCAUUGCAAAUCUUAAAAGUAAACACCGGCUAGCAAGCAUCUGUAAGAUCGCAACACUGUCGAUCAGUUGUGAAAGUUGCCUACCAUCGAGAACAACAACGGCUGUUCAGUAUUUGUUUUUUUUUUUCAAUUGGCGAGUCGUAAGUCAAGAAGCAAAAAUAUAAAAAGAACAAAAACAUUCACUACAGCCACAAGCAGCAAUGCUGUUUAAAAUACGACAAUACUAUACGGUUAAUAGAAAAUAAGCAAAUAAUCUGGCGUCUUAAAUAAAAAAAGCAAGACAAAAUAAAAAAAAAAAAAAAAACAAUAAAAGAAGAAAACCUGUGAUAAUGUAUUCUCCACCAAAGUCUCAUAAUUAUUAACACAUACGAAAGAAUUGUGAAUUUUAUUUUCUAUCUUUGGAUAUUGGUUUUUUGGAGAAAUUUUGUGUUGGAUGAUAAAAUCUUGUGAGUGUCUAAUAUUUAAAAUCAAUAGAACAAACUUCGCCGCCGGUGUUUUAAAUGGCGAUUCAACCUCAUACUACUUUGGAGAUGAACGACACCAAAUCAAGUCACGAAGUUGCUAGUCCAACAGACACCAAUAUCGAUCCUCAUGCUACGCAUCCAUUUUCAUUGGAUGAUAUAGACUUUAUCGAUGGCCGUGUACCGAGAAUACCCAAAUCCAUUUCCGAAGCUGAUGAAGAUGAAUAUGAUGAUCGUCCUUUUGCUGUAGGUCCCCGCAUGGGUGUAGAUGAUGGAUUAUUGCCCAACGGUGGAGUACCAGAUGUUGAAGAGCACAUUCCUCCGAAACCAUCUAGACGUCCUAGCUUUAGUUUUCCUGGUUACAAUGGACCAGGUGUGGUAACCAUUAACGGAGUAGAGACGCCAAUACCAGACGUAAAUGCAUAUCAGCAUAAAAAAACAUUGGCCCAAGGUAUGAUGGAUUUGGCUCUACUCUCAGCGAAUGCCAACCAAUUGCGUUACGUUUUGGAAUCAUACGGACGACAUCCCUACUACUAUCCAAGCUUGAUAUUUAUUUCCAUAAGUAUUAUAUUUCAGAUUGCUGUAGGAGUUGGUCUCAUAAUGAACAGCCGAUACAACAUCAAAAAUGAAAAGGACAUUUGUCACGCAAACAAAGUCAACAAUUAUACAGUCAUAGGCAUUUUUAUUGUGACCGUGGUAAACGUUUUCAUUUCAUCGUUUGGCGUUGCCGAACCAGCGCAACAAAAUACCCAAAAUUGAAAUUUUUAAGAAUUCUAUAGUACAUUCAUAAAUAUUGUAUGUUGUCUUACAUUUAAGAUUCAUAGUGAAAUAUGCAUUUCGAAUCGUAGAAUAGGAUAUAUAUGUUAUAUAUACUUAUAAAACUUUUUUGUAAUAGAAUUAAAAAUCCCAACGAUAUUUCGCAGAACAUUUCGAAAUAAUUUACACAAAAGAG